UGGAAGGGAAUCCCGUACGCCGAGCCCCCAGUCGGUUCGCUCCGCUUCAUGCCUCCCAAGGCCCUCGGGGCCCGGGGCUCGGACGUCGUCGACGUGACAGACAACGCCCUGCGGUGCGUACAGUUCGCCGGCGCGCCGUACGGGGUCGUCAACAGCAACAUUGUCGGUCCGCGCUCCGGCCCCGGACAAGAAGACUGCCUCAAGCUGUGGAUCUGGAAGCCCGCCAAGGCCAAAGCCGGCGACAAGCUCCCCGUCAUGUUCUACAUCCACGGCGGCGGUCUGCAAUACAGCGCGGCGCCCAACAACGACUUUAGCGACUGGGUCGGCCAGAGCCAGGACUUCAUCGCCGUCAACGUCGGCUACCGCCUCGGCGCUCUCGGCUUCAUGGCCCACCCGUCCCUGCCCUCCGCCAACGCCGGUCUGCUCGACCAGCGCCAGGCCCUCCGCUGG